AUGCCUGAAUUGCGUAGAUCUGCCAGAGCUUCCACGGUUGAAGCCACCAAACGUCUGGGGCAACCCCCUUCUAAAAAAGCAAAGACAGAAAACCCCAAGGAAUUGGAGGUGGGCGAUGAGAUUCCAAACUUGACCUUGUUGAACGAAAACGAAGAUGAAAUUUCGUUGAAAGAGGUCGCUGAAAAAUCGAAAUAUGUGGUCAUUUUUGCUUACCCCAAGGCAUCUACACCAGGAUGUACAAAGCAAGUCACGGGGUUCCAGAGAAACUACUCUGACUUACAGGCCUUGGGAGCUGCAGUCUAUGGGUUGUCGGCGGACCUGCCAAAAUCGCAAUUGAACUUCGUCACCAAGCAGGGCUUAAAAUAUCCAUUGUUAUCCGACCCUUCGAGGAAAUUCAUCUCCAUCUUGGGUGCCAAGAAAUCCCCUUCGGGGAUAAAGAGAUCUCAUUGGAUUUUUGUGGAUGGCAAACUUAGCAUCAAGAAGAUUCAAAUCAGUCCAGACGUCAGUGUGAUUAGUGCAUUGGAAGACGUGCGCAAGCUCAAGAAAGAUUCUGAGUCUGGGGACGCCAAAUCCGAAGUUGCCGACGAAGCCAAAGCGGAGAACGUAGACCCAAGGGACUAG